AUUUAGGCGCUUUUAAAUUACCAUCGCUAUCCCCCGAUCCUCCUCCGCCCCCUAAUAGAAAUGAGUGCCGCCCAGAGACGAAGACUUAAUCCACUGAGUCAAGAAACCGAGUCGGAUGACUCGGGGAUACUCAACGAGUGUGUACUAUUACUCGUUUUCGAGUCAAUAAAAUGGGAUUUGCAGGUCCUUUGUUUGACCGCUUCAGUCAACCGUAAGCUUCGAGCUAUAGCGAAACGGUUAUUAUGGCGGAAGCUCUGUGUAUAUCGAGCGCCUCGCAUGGUAUCGGCAUUGGUUAAUGGCUCACCUAGUGGAAGAAUAGGUGGUGGAUGGGAUGCUCUCGCGAAGCUCAUGUUUUUCUGUUGUGGUUGUGAGUCGACUCGCAAUUUCAAACUGAGUCGGUCUUCUCCGGGUCAUUUCGCGGGUGCGUCUCGGUUCUCGAAGACUUCGGGUCGGAGCUUCUUGACCAAAAAAUGUCGGGCGGAUCUGUUGUUCGUCAGUGACCCGUGUGAGCACCCAGUGGGGGAUAAAGAAGACGAUUUAGGGAUCUACCGAGGGGUAUUCCGGGGAUUUCUCAGGUCCAACACACGAGCCUGCUUGAUCGGACGGCAAGUAGCGUUCGACGACCGGGUUAGGUGUCCUUACUGCGGGACCCGAGUUUGGAGCAUGACGGCGGCUCGGCUCGUUCCCAAGAGCGCCGCCCGGCGACUCGGGUCACGUGACGGGAGGUUGGAGUAUUUCGUUUGCGUGAACGGCCACUUGCAUGGGACUUGUUGGCUAGUGCCACUGUCGUCGGAAGAAGAAAACUGCGAGGAGGUGGAGGAAGAGGAGGAUGAGGAUGAGGACGGCGGCGAUUUCAAUGGGGAAGCAUAUAAGAAGCAUGAGAAGGUGACAAAUGGCACGGGGAGCAGGAGCUCGUUAAUGUUUUAAGACACGGUGGGGGUGGACGCCCACCAAUUAAUUGCUUAACUUGCCACUAAUAUACGACCGCCGGAGACUCCGAGUUUUACAAUACAAAGGCUAGCCUCAUGUUUUCAUCCGAUAUGACUUCAUUUUGGUCAGACAUUCAUAUCGUUUUUCUUCAGAUUUGUAUUUGGGGUCAUUUGGCCCCCUUUUUCUGUACUUUGAUAUACAUAUAUUGAAUGAAGUAGACCUAAUAAUACAAUUAAAAGGCAUUAUUAAACAUACAAA